AUGGCAGCUGAUGACUUUUCUCAUGACAUGCUGGAUAAUCCGGAGCUUUAUGGAUUGCGUAGAUCGGGAAGAGCUGCAACUACAAGCCAAACGCGCUAUUUUUCUGACGAUGAAGACGACGAACUAAUUGCACCACGUAGACGCGGUCGGAAACCUAAGCAAGAAGAAGAUGACUCUGUAAAUGAAGGUCAAGAGAUAAGCGACGAGGAAGAAGAAUUAAACGAGGAUGAUAGUAUGGCUGAGGAUGAUGAAGAGGUAGUAUUUGGAAAGCCUAUAGCCAAGAGGAAACAGAUAAAAGUCAAGAAAACACCAAAACCAGAUCAUGAAGAGUAUGAGCUACCAACCCGGUUCUCCUCCAGGAAAAGUGGAUCUGUCAACUACAAUGUAGAUUACUCCGAUGAAGAUUUGCUUGAGUCUGAUGCAGAAGGCUUUGGCGAAGCUGGCGACGACGACGACGACGAAGACAAUAUGGGGGAAUCGAAGAACGCUUCUUUGUCACCUCAAACAGGGCGUGGUAUUGAUCUGGUAAUCACGCAUAAGCUAAAAAUCGACGUCGGAGAAUACCAAGGUGUGCCUGACCUAUCCCUUUGCAAAAAUAGUUAUGACAUCUUGGUCAAAUGGUCGGAUGAGUCGCACUUACACAACUCAUGGGAAUCUUACCAGAAUCUAACCCAAAUCCGCGGUGUUAAGAAGAUAGACAACUACAUCAAGCAAUUCAUUAUACUCGAUAAGCAGAUUCGCGAAGACCCAUACACAACCGCUGAGGAUAUGGAGGUCAUGGACCUAGAGCAAGAGCGUCGCUUAGAUGAGUUUAAGGAAUACAAGAUUCCAGAAAGGGUCAUCGACAGUGACCGUGUCACACUUGAUGAUGGCACACCCCAAUUACAAUACCUUGUAAAGUGGCGACGUUUAAAUUAUGAUGAGGCCACUUGGGAGAACGCCGGUGUUGUUGUCAAACUGGCACCAGACCAAGUAAAGCAUUUUCAAAACCGCGUGAACUCCAAGAUUCUUCCUCAAUAUUCAAGCACUUACGGAUCUCAAAGACCCAAGUUUUAGAAACUCGACGAGCAACCGUCUUUCGUCAAAGGCGGCGAGCUUAGAGAUUUUCAACUCACCGGUAUAAACUGGAUGGCUUUUCUAUGGUCCAAGAACGAUAAUGGUAUUCUUGCCGACGAAAUGGGUCUCGGUAAAACUGUUCAAACGGUAGCAUUCAUCAGUUGGCUAAUAUAUGCCCGUAGACAGAAUGGCCCGCAUUUGGUCGUAGUACCUCUUUCAACAAUGCCUGCUUGGCAAGAAACAUUUGAUAAAUGGGCACCUGAUCUCAACUGCAUUUACUUCAUGGGAAACCAGAAAUCAAGAGAUGCAAUUAGAGAAAGUGAGUUCUACACCAAUCCUCAAGCCAAGGGUAAGAAACAUGCAAAAUUCAAUGUUCUUCUUACUACUUAUGAGUAUAUCUUAAAGGAUCGCGCUGAGCUAAGUGCAAUGAAGUGGCAAUACUUAGCUGUCGAUGAGGCUCACAGGUUGAAGAAUGCAGAGUCUUCACUUUACGAAUCUUUAAACAGUUUCAAAGUUGCCAACAGACUUCUCAUAACUGGUACGCCAUUACAAAAUAAUAUAAAGGAGCUGGCAGCAUUAAUUAAUUUCUUAAUGCCCGGAAGAUUCACCAUUGACCAAGAGAUUGAUUUUGAAAUUCAGGAUGAGAAUCAGGAGAGAUAUAUUAGAGAUCUACACAGUAGACUACAACCUUUCAUUUUGCGUCGUUUAAAGAAAGAUGUCGAAAAGUCCUUACCCUCUAAGACUGAGCGUAUUUUGAGAGUAGAAUUAUCGGAUGUUCAAACUGAAUACUACAAAAACAUUUUGACCAAAAAUUAUAGUGCACUUUCAGCGGGCUCGAAAGGUGUACAUUUUUCGUUGCUCAAUAUUAUGAAUGAACUUAAAAAAGCCUCCAAUCAUCCAUAUCUUUUUGAUACCGCUGAAGACCGGGUUUUGGCAAAGUUUGGUGACGGUAGGAUGUCGCGCGAAAAUAUUCUGCGUGGGUUAAUUAUGUCUUCUGGUAAGAUGGUGCUUCUGGAUCAGCUUUUGACUAGACUAAAAAAGGAUGGGCAUCGCGUUCUGAUUUUUUCACAAAUGGUACGAAUGCUCGAUAUUUUGGGUGAUUAUCUAAACAUCAAAGGUGUGAACUAUCAACGUCUAGACGGUACUGUUCCAUCUGCUCAAAGACGAAUCGCGAUUGAUCACUUCAACUCUCCGGAUUCUAACGAUUUUGUAUUUUUGCUGUCCACUAGGGCUGGUGGUCUGGGUAUCAACUUGAUGACAGCCGAUACGGUUAUCAUCUUUGACUCAGACUGGAAUCCUCAGGCCGAUUUACAGGCUAUGGCACGCGCACAUCGUAUUGGUCAGAAAAAUCAUGUUAUGGUUUACAGAUUCGUUUCCAAGGACACAGUUGAAGAAGAAGUUUUAGAAAGGGCCCGCAAAAAAAUGAUUUUGGAAUACGCUAUCAUCUCCUUGGGUGUCACUGACGGUACUAAUCUUUCCCAGAAUAAGAAGAGCGACCCAUCUGCGGGAGAGCUGUCAGAGAUCUUAAAAUUUGGUGCAGGAAACAUGUUUAAAGCAACUGAUAACCAGAAAAAAUUGGAAGAUUUAAACCUGGAUGAUGUAUUGAAUCACGCAGAGGAUCACGUAACAACUCCAGAUUUGGGGGAGUCACAUUUGGGAGGCGAAGAGUUUUUGCGACAGUUCGAGGUAACAGACUACAAGGCAGAUAUUGAAUGGGAUGAUAUUAUACCCCAAGAAGAGCUGCGGAAGCUGAAGGACGAGGAACAAAAGCGGAAAGAUGAAGAGUACGUCCAGGAACAGCUGCAGUUAAUGAAUAGAAGAAACAAUGCCCUUAACAAAAUUAAGGCCAGCGUAAAUGGUAAUAGCGCUGGCGAUAAAGGCGAUGAUGAAUAUGAUUCUCGUACUGCAAGAAGAAAAACGAAGUCAAGUAAUUUGGACUCUUAUGGUGAGAGGGAGAUUCGCGCACUGUACAAAUGCAUCUUAAGAUUUGGAAAUUUGGAUGAGAAAUUUGAGGAGCUUAUUGGCGAUGGAUCACUUCCAGUAAAAGCGAUUGAAGGUUAUUCUAGGCUUUACCGAGAAAUGAUCAUAGCGGCUCGGAAAGUCUAUAAAACCGAAGAAGAAAAGCGCAUGGAAAUGUUUGCCACAUUGGAAGCAAACGCCAAAUCUUACAAAGAUAAACUCAAGGCAAGUGGUCAAACCUUGGACGAAAAAGACCGAAGUACUCCCGUUGCUAAGCUUGCCGCUAAGAGAAAGGAGAAAAAAGCAGUCCUGUUCGAGUUCUACGAUGUUAAGGCUCUGAACGCGGAGACUGUCUUAACGAGGCCCGAGGAGAUGCAGUUUUUAACAGCGUUUUUGCGUAAACAUUAUCCUGACGACCCAUUAAAGUUCAAAUUUAUCAACAAAUCUCCCAAGCCUGUCGCCAACUGGAACUGUUCUUGGAACAAAGACGAUGACGAAAAGCUGAUGGUCGGAGUUAAUAAGUAUGGCUAUGGAUCUUGGGCCCAGAUUCGGGAUGAUCCAUUCUUGGGUCUUUCAAACAAGAUAUUUUUGAACGAGCCUCAAGCCGCUAAUGCCAAGAGCGAUACUGCAUCGAUUAGUGGCACAAGUGAGAAAAAGACGAAAAAUGGUGGUACUGGUGGAGCAAAAAAAGUCCCAGGUUCAGUUCAUCUCGGAAGAAGGGUAGACUACUUGUUUGCAAAUUUGCGUGAUGAAAUGAAACCACUCACUCCAUCGGGAGCGAAUACGGGGAACACGACUCCAUCUGGCCCAUCUUCUGCAAAUUCUAAGAAGCGUGUCAGAAAACCAGCAAGCAGUAGAGGCGGAACUCCAGAUGUCAAAAAGGAUGAUGGCCGUGUUGGGCCCACAAAGCGCGCCAAGAAUGGCGAAGAUGCUCAGGGAAGCCCGCCCCCGCUCAGCGGAACCACAAGGAAACAGCAACCUGUAAAAAACACUGGCGCUUCGCAAUCUCAAACCUCAGUUUCUGAUAAAGAAUAUGAGAGUAUGGAAGAGCUGGAAUGCAAACACACCAUGCAGGCUAUGAAAACGUCAUUCAAGAGUCUCAGCCGCGGCGGAAAGGGUUUGGACCGGAAAGAAUGGGCGCACGUUCUCAAGACUGAAUUAAAGGCCAUUGGUGAUUACAUAGAGACUCAGAAAAAGUCCUCUAGAAAGCAUUCUCCCGAGAAGUUCCGCAAGCAUUUAUGGGCAUUCAGCGCGCAUUACUGGCCUGCUAAGGUUAAAAGUUCUAAGCUCCUGGCCAUGUACGAUAAGAUUGUUGCCAGCAAAUCUCAGUAA